AUGGGCUCCGUGUCCAACCAACAGUUUGCAGGUGGCUGCGCCAAGGCGGCAGAAGAGGCGCCGGAGGAGGCGCAGGAGGAUGCGGCCCGGGUGGCGGACGAGCCUCAGCUGCUGCACCGUGCAGGCAUCUGUAAAUGGUUGAACGUGCACAUGGGGUUCGGCUUCCUGUCCAUGAUCGCCCGCGCCGGGGACGCGCUCAAUCCCCCAGUGGAAGUAUUUGUGCACCAGGGUAAGCUGCACAUGAAGGGCUUCCGGAGCUUGAAGGAAGGUGAGGCCAUGGAGUUCACCUUUAAGAAGUCAGCCAAGGGUCUCGAAUCCAUCCGUGUCACUGGACCUGGUGGGGUGUUCUGUAUUGGGAGUGAGAGGCGGCCAAAGGGGAAGAACAUGCAGAAGCACAGAUCAAAAGCAGACAGGUGCUACAACUGUGGAGGUCUAGACCAUCAUGCCAAGGAAUGCAAGCUGCCACCCCAGCCCAAGAAGUGCCACUUCUGCCAGAGCAUCAGCCAUAUGGUAGCCUCAUGUCCACUGAAGGCCCAGCAGGCCCCUAGCGCACAGGGAAAGCCAACAUACUUUCAGGAGGAAGAAGAAGAAAUCCACAACCCUGCCCUGUUCCCGGAGGCCCAGAAUUGAGCCCCAGUGGGUGGGGGGGCUAUUCUUUUGCUAUCAGGAAGUUUUGAGGAGCAAAGUGGAGAAAGUGGGAAUAGGGUGCAUUGGGGCUAGUUGGCACUGCCAUAUAUCUCAGGCUGGGGUUCACACCAUUACCCUUUCUUCCUUCUAAGUCGGGGGAAAGGAUGAGACAAAGGAACUCCAUCCAUGCUCUGUCCAA